GGCAGCUGGCGCGGGCGGUGCGCGCGUCCCUGCCCCGAGCAGCUAUGUUUGCACUGCGGAGAGCGCGCGCGUCCCCGUCGAGCCGCGCGUGAAAUAACGGAUUUUCCACCACUGAAACGGAAACAAAUCUGCGAGCGCUGCGGCCGCCGCCCGAGAAGGGCCCGGGCCCGGGCCUUCCCCCUGCGCCGGGCAAAGCGGGGGACGCGGGGGACAGCCUUUGGAGCACACCAAACAGAACCUCUGGGACUUGGCUUUUGAAUCCAGGAGAAACCCUGGUGUCCAGGAUCAUCCCCAUAGCCCACCUGGAUUGGCUCCUUCACCUGUUUCAGUGGGGCUGCUUAGUGGAAAUUAGGAGGAAAAUUGAACUAUUUAGUGCAUAAAGCAGCCUUACUACUUUCUGACAUGCUAGAAAUAGUUGGUUAAAAACAUAUGGCUAUUUGCUUCCCUCUGACAGUCGAAUGUCGGCUCUGCAAUCAGGAAAAGCUAUGCAAACGGCAGUUGCCACUAUGCAGCAGUUUUAUGGGAUCCCAGUCACAGGAGUGUUGGAUCAGACGACUAUUGAAUGGAUGAAGAAGCCUCGAUGUGGGGUUCCUGAUCAUCCCCAUUUAAGCCAUAACCGAAGGAAAAAGCGAUAUGCGCUAACUGGACAGAAAUGGAGGCAGAAGCAUAUAACUUACAGUGUGCACAACUACACCCCCAAGGUUGGAGAGAUUGAUACAAGGAGAGCCAUUCGCCAGGCAUUUGAUGUUUGGCAGAGAGUGACGCCACUUACCUUUGAAGAGGUUCCUUAUCAUGAAAUUAAAAAUGACAGGAAGGAGGCAGAUAUUAUGAUAUUUUUUGCUUCUGGUUUCCAUGGAGACAGUUCUCCAUUUGAUGGAGAAGGUGGAUUCCUAGCUCAUGCUUACUUUCCUGGACCAGGAAUAGGAGGAGAUACUCACUUCGAUUCAGAUGAGCCAUGGACUCUGGGAAAUUCUAAUCAUGAUGGAAAUGAUCUCUUUCUGGUUGCUGUCCAUGAGCUGGGUCAUGCCCUAGGCCUUGAACACUCCAAUGACCCCAGUGCUAUCAUGGCCCCUUUCUACCAGUACAUGGAAACACAAAACUUUAAACUCCCACAGGAUGACCUUCAAGGAAUUCAGAAAAUCUAUGGUCCACCUGCUGAACCACUGGAGCCCACCAGACCAUUACCAACUCUUCCUGUCCGAAGAAUUCAUUCCACUUCAGAAAGGAAGCAUGAGAGACAACCAAGACCCCCUAGACCUCCUUUAGGUGAUAGGCCGUCUGUGCCAGGCAUGAAGCCCAACAUAUGUGAUGGCAAUUUUAAUACUGUGGCUCUCUUUAGAGGAGAAAUGUUUGUUUUCAAGGAUCGUUGGUUUUGGCGUCUGCGCAACAAUCGAGUACAGGAGGGAUAUCCCAUGCAGAUUGAACAGUUCUGGAAAGGCCUCCCUACAAAGAUUGAUGCUGCCUAUGAGAGGUCUGAUGGGAAAUUUGUUUUCUUUAAAGGAGAUAAAUACUGGGUUUUUAAGGAAGUGACAGCAGAGCCAGGGUACCCACACAGCCUAGUGGAGCUGGGAAUCUCUCUUCCACGGGAAGGCAUUGACACAGCUUUGCGAUGGGAACCAGUAGGCAAAACCUACUUCUUCAAAGGAGACAGGUAUUGGAGAUACAAUGAGGACAAGAGAGCUACUGACCCAGGAUACCCAAAGCCCAUCACUGUAUGGAGAGGAAUCCCACAGGCCCCACAAGGAGCUUUUGUCAGCAAGGAAGGCUUUUAUACAUACUUUUAUAAAGGGAAGGAGUAUUGGAAGUUUGAUAACCAGAGGCUGAGUGUGGAACCAGGUUACCCCAGGUCAAUCCUCAAAGACUGGAUGGGCUGCAAUCAAAAGGAAGUUGAACGAAGCAAAGAUAGACGCCUGCCCCAUGAUGAUGUGGAUAUUAUGGUGACAAUAAAUGAUGUGCCUAACACUGUAAAUGCAAUUGCAGUAGUGAUCCCUUGCAUUUUAUCUCUGUGUAUCCUUGUAUUGGUAUACACAAUCUUCCAAUUUAAAAACAAAGAAGUACAGCAAAAUGUUACCUAUUACAAACGACCUGUCCAGGAAUGGGUAUGACACAUAAAGCUUCACAUUAGCUCAUAGCUCUGAUGAGGACUACAGACAAAAUAGGUUAAAAAACCCAUCAAACAAAACUGUGCGAGUGACUUUGGAGUCACAGACAUUCUGGGACUGAAAGAAGCAGAAAAAAAAUGAAAAAAUGCAGGUGGGCUUGCAGAGUGGAGCCUCUUUCCAUCUUACUGCCUUGGUCAUAUGUCUGUCUUGGUGUGUCAUUCUCCACAGGCCCACUUUGUAGGUAUCAGAGACCUCAAGAGGAGUUUUCUUCAAACGUUUUCAACUGACAUGGAAGACUUCCUUCAGUACCCUGCACCAGUGCUGUCUGUUAAACCCAGCAUUCUCCACUGUAGCUAAAACACCUCUAAAUGGACCUGGAUUUUUAACAGUUGUCUCUUUAAAAAAGUUAAGAUCAUUAAAUCUAUGAGGUAGGAAUAAUUCCAUUUCUUAAGAAGAAGGUAUUCUGAUGUUGAACCAUUCUAAAAGAUCUUUGUUUAUUACAUGAGACAGGGAAUUACCUAGAUGCAAUUUUCCAAUACCUGCUGGUCAGAUGUUUUAUACAUUCAUAAUAAUUAACUGAUGUUGUCUCUUAGAACAUUGCAUAAGGAAACAUUGAGAGAUCCAAGGAGAUAAUUCUGCAUACACUAUAAAUUCAAGAACUCUAAGCCAGAUGAAAUAUUAACUAGUAGCAGCAACUCCCCAACAGGAAUAGUCUAAAAGACAAAAUAAUUGGAUCUGAAACAUCAUUAAUCUGAAUGAACCCUAUUCUGUUUUAGGAACCUUUCAUGUAAUGAAUACUUAAAAGUCCUAUUAUCAUUAUUUUGAACUCCUUUCAGUCAGCAACAAUAAAUUAAUUGUUACCAAUAUAGUGAAUAAUAUAUAGAUUUGUGUUUUUUUCUCCUUUAAAUUCUAAGAGAACAUGAACUGUUGUUAUAGUGGCAUAUGUAAUCAGUUUGUGAAACGUGUAUCUCAGAUUUCUAGAGAAUGAAGGUGCUUCUUUGGCUUAGAUCUUGAUUGCAUUUUGGUGACACUGUCUGGAGAAAAUAAGAACUAGACUUGUUUGUAUUAUUGAACCCAAAUACUUUAGAGACUAAAAGCAUUGUUUAACACUGACAUUUAUUUUUUAAUUUUUUGAUCACCUCUUCAGAGCCAAAUUUUUGGCAAAGAUCAAGAAGGAGUGCCAAGUAUGAUGAGAAAUCAUCUCACAAGAUUGCUACCCAGAUUUUGAGGAUUUGUUAGUCUCAAAAAAGAUCUUCAUAAAUGUCUGACCUUUUGAUAUUAAUCUUUCACUUAUCUCCUACCCAGAGAGCAGUUGCCUGCCCUUCUUUCUCGUAAGUGUGAAUAGUUUAGGAUGUCAUUGCCUAGCUAGAGAUUGCCUUCAUCUGAUUAUCCAUGCUGCAAUAAAAACAGUGUUAACUAAUUGUGAAAGAAAAUGGAAAUAUAAUUCCUUGUAACAAGGUGACAUUCAGCUUUGUUCAGAGGGGUCAGCUCAAGGCCUAGGCAAUACUCACAUGUCAUUUACACCCCAUUUAAGCUUCAAAAUAGGAAAAAAGCACAUAAUGUACAUUGUUAGCCUAGGGCUGAAUUUCACCCCAGUGCAGGCAAAGCACAAAGCAUUGAAAAUCCAUUUAAUAUCCAUGUAUGUUCCACACAUGCGGAAAAUCAAUUAUUUAAAUCAAAUCUAUGUUCUUUUGUUUAUCUUAACAUUUAACCUGUAACAUGUAGGUAUCAUUACAAAGACAUGGAAGGAAGAAGUAGAAAUAUUGUUAGUAUAUUCCCAAUUUUUUAAUUUUUGGCUUACGCCCAGAUAUUGUUGGAUUAAGGCCAUAUAAGCAGAUAUGUGAGAAGUAAAGAUUUUUGUUUUAUUUGACCAGAUGUGUGGUUGGAAUAGAAGGCAGAGUAAAUAUGUACCUUUAUAGACUGACUAAAUAAGAUAUAUAUAAAGAGAGCACAAGCUUUAGGGAACUGAAGUUCACUUUAUCAGAGGUUGUGAAAGAACAUGCAGAGAGCAGAGUAUAAAGUGAAGUGAGUGAUUAAAAUACAAUAGAUAAGGAAGCUGGAGAGAGAGGGAGGUGGGAAGGGGGAGGAGAAAUGCUAUAAGAGGCAUACAAGCAAAGAACCCAUAGGAACAAAGGUGGGGGGUGGGGGUCAUAAAAACUAGUCCAGGUGAUGACAUAAGGAUCCAUAAUCCCUGUUUAAACCAUAGUUAACACAGUCCAGUUUGCGGAUGAUUUCUUGUUCCACAGUCUGCGGUCCUAUUGUUCUUUUCUUUUCUUUUCUUUUCUUUUCUUUUCUUUUCUUUUGUUUGCUUGAGAACAGCAAUUCUGAGGUCAGCAAUAGAGUGCCCAGGGAGGUUGAAGUGUUCUGCUUCAGCCUUUUGGGUCUUUUUGCAGCUGAGAUGUCAGUUUAGUGUUCAGGGGUUUAGGUUCAUUCUUGCAUAUUGAGAUCACCCUGUCUGUCUGGUGUAGGCAACAGAGGGGUAUUAUAAGCAGGUGAUGAAGAAUGCUUCACAUUUGAAUGCUUGUCUAAGUCUAUCUCAGUCAUGCAGUUGGUCCAGUAAAAGAUAUCAUCCACAAAGAUCCUUGACUCUCACAUAAUUCCUGGGUCAUCAAGCUACAUCACUCCAACACUGCCAUAUAAGCCAAUAGAUACUUUCAGUGAUUCCCACUUGACCUGUAUAUGUGGUUCUAGACUGUACUUUGUAUUUUAUCCUUUAUAAUUUAUUUCAGUAGCUAAGAAGUCUAUUGUAUUUUCAAUAGAAUUUCAAAAUCAGUGAGACUUGGUAGAUAAAGUAGUUUGAAUUGUAGUGAAAGAUGUGAUAGUGUCUUACGAUGGCUGAAGAAGUGCAAAGGACCAAAUACAGCAGAACAGCUAAUCACUAGAAAACCUCCCAAUGCAGUAUAUUGCUAUGUGUACUACCAUGUGUGGAGGAAUGCACAUUAUAAACUUCAGAGCCAUGUUAUACAUUGCAUUUACCAUGCAUUUUGACUGAUUCCUCUGUACUUUGCUAUCUUUUUUGUGUCUUUAACAUACCAAAUCUCUGAGCAGCUUCAAACAACCACCAUUAAAAAAACCAAAAACAAAAAAUUCACAA